CAUGCGCUAUUGGUUGGCGGGAGUUUUGCAAAUGGCGGCGUUUAUGUGUACUGUGCAGCGCGCACUAGGCUGAGUCCUGAAAGGCCCCCUAAGUCCGCAGGAGCUGCAGGAGUGACCUGGGACUUUGUUUCUGGAACAGAGGCUCUGGGCUGAACCGGCGUCGCUCUGAGGUCAGGACGUUGUGCACUCGCAGGAUGCGGUUCCGCUCCUCCCCUUGACUGUCUCUUGGCCCAGUCCAAUCCACCAAAUCCGCUGCUCCAUACUGCGGGCCUUCGGGGCCAGGUAGAGGUGGGAAUGUCCAGCGAUCUUCUCCCGGGGUGGAAAGGAACGGUUCUCUACCCAGCAUGACGUCCAUCACUACAGAGUCUGUAGAAAAAGAAGCAUCAGUGACGUCUCAGACUCAUGCUCAUCAGGCGCAAUCAAGUCUCUACCCUGUGGAAGUGUUUCCUAAAUCAUCUGCCUCCUUGGAGGUUACUCAAGGCAUUUCAAAGGAAAAAAUUCAUCUUGCCACUACCCCUGAAAGAGGAGGAUGUUGUGAUAUCAGCCACCAAGAAGGACUUCAGUCCAGGUCCCUUUAUUUGUCCCCUCAAGAUUAUUCUGUCUGUCAUCAAGACAGGAGGCAGUCCUGGCGGCGAGCAAGUAUGAAAGAAGUGAACCGACGGAAAUCACUGCCACCUUUUCAUCAGGGCAUCACAGAGCUCAGCAGGUCCAUCAGUGUCGACUUAGCAGAAAGCAAGCGGCUUGGAGCUCUCCUGCUUUCCAGUUUCCAGUUCUCAGUUCAGAAACUUGAACCUUUCCUAAAGAACACUCAGGGCUUCAGUCUUGAAGGUUUUAGAGCAAAAGCAUCUUUGCUUUCUGAAGAGUUGGAGCAUUUUGUCAACAGCCUGGAAAAGGAUGGAACUCUACAAAAAUGUUUUAAAGAUUCAAAAGAAAAAGCAUUAGAUUUGAAUCUGGAAGCAUCAGUGGCUGAGAUGAAGGAACAUAUAACAAAGUUUUCAUUAGAAAGACAGACUUGGGAUCAUCUCUUGCUGCGCUACCAGAAGGAGGCACUAUCAGAAGAGACAUCCAGAGGAUCAAAUGAAACCAAAAUUACUGAAGUUAAACUGGAACCAGCAUCAUAUCUUAGAUCUUCCCAAAAUGAAGUUCUUUACACAAAGCCCGACUAUCAAAAAAUAUUACAAAACCAGAACAAAGUCUUUGAUUAUAUGGAGUUGGUGAUAGAUGAGCUGCAAGGAUCAGUGAAGCAGCUGCACGCUUUUAUGGAUGAAAGUACCCAGGACCUCCAGAAGGUGUCAGUACAGCUUGAGAAAAGAAGCAUGCAGCAAUUAGACACUUCGCCUGCUCGAAAACUGCUCAGACUUCAGUUACCAAACCCGUCUGCCCCUUACUACUCGGGAUCUUGUCAGUGACCUUACUCAGCUUUUCCUCCACAAGGUGCUGGGAAUUGAACACAGAGACCUCAUGCAUGCUAACAGUUCACCCUACCACUGAGCUAUGCCCUUAGCUCCUAACAAAAUUUAAAGGCAAGGAGGGUUUAGAAAAUAAACUUCUAUGCUGCAAUAAAUAGUAAUGUAAAGCUAAGCCUCACCACCUAUUCCCAAUAAAACACUAACUACUGUUUUGUUAA